AACUUCUGCACACCUCGGCGUCUGCAGUCCUCGCGAGUUCUUCGCUUGCCCUUUCCAACGCCCCUCGUCGCCGAGUGCUCUUCGCAGUUCACAGUUCUCUCAAUCUCGAGAGCGGCUUCCGCGGUAAAAGGUUUAUUUGGGGGAUCCAUGGCCUCUAAAAUGGAAAUCGAGAAUUCUACCGAUGCUCCGUCAUUGCCAAAGAAUGUAUACAAAGAUCCAGAUGAUGGACGGCAGCGAUUUUUGCUUGAGCUGGAAUUUGUUCAAUGCCUUGCUAAUCCCACCUACAUUCACUAUUUGGCUCAGAAUCGAUAUUUUGAAGAUGAAGCAUUCAUUGGAUACUUGAAGUACCUUCAAUACUGGCAACGGCCUGAGUACCUCAAGUUUAUUAUGUAUCCUCAUUGCCUUUUCUUCCUAGAACUUCUUCAGAAUGCAAAUUUCCGAAAUGCAAUGGCGCAUCCUGGAAAUAAGGAACUUGCGCAUAGACAACAAUUUUAUUUCUGGAAGAACUAUCGGAACAAUAGGUUGAAGCACAUUUUACCAAGGUCACUUCCUGAAUCUAGUGUCACAGCCGCACCUCAUGCGGCUGCCUCAACUCCGUCUCAGCCACCAGUGCCUGCUUUGCCACCCGUGCCAGCUGCUAAUGUUCCGGUGGCUGUAUCAUCUGCUCAGGCUCUUUCUCCAAUGCCAUAUGGUGUGCCGCCUGGAUCUGCCCUUGCAAAAAAUGAUAUGAGGAAUCCUGCACUUGAUAGGAGGAAGAGAAAGUAAAACAUUUGUUUCCUUAAAUUAUUUUCUUCCUUUGAGGGAGCAUAAAUACGCUUUUAGUGCUUCUCAGAUUUGUGAUAGAACACUAGAAUAGUUGUUCUUUAACUAGUGUGCCCCAUUGGAUAUUAGAUGAUCUACAGGUAAAUAGAUAACCAGAUUGAUUUCAAAUUCA